AAAUGUGAAAAUCAAUAGGUCUUAAAUAAUAUUUGGCUUUCUUGAGACGUUUCCUCUUUCUGUGGGAACCAAGCGCGCACAGAGCAGAGAGGGAGGCUGCGCUCCAACAGGUGCAUCCUCCUCCUGCUGCUCCUCCUCCCGCUGCUCCUCUUUACGCGCUCAGCUCCCCGUUUCUCUUCACUCUGCGCCUCAGACCUGCAACCCUCACACCAAGUGUCUCUCCAAACUUUUUCUCCGCGCUCUCAGACCGAUCCGGCAGGAAACCCGCGCCGUUUUUACGCGCAGCAGCUCCUGCGGCUGGAGCUCCCCUUCUCCUCAGCAUGGACGACGAGUUCCUCUCCAACCUCUACCCGUCUCCUCCCGGAGACCCCGAGGCUUUGACCCCCAACUCCACCCUGGAGCCCGGCUGGUGGGGGUCCUCCGACGGCGGGGAGACGGUUCACUUCGUGGUGCGCUGCGUCAUGACCUCUGCCUACAUCCUCAUCAUCACCGUGGGUCUGCUGGGGAACAUCACGCUGGUGAAGAUCUUCGUCACCAACAGCGCCAUGCGCAGCGUGCCCAACAUCUUCAUCUCCAGCCUGGCUGCGGGCGACCUGCUGCUGCUGGUCACCUGCGUGCCCGUGGACGCCUUCCGCUACUUCUCCGCGGAGUGGGUGUUCGGCGAGGCGGCGUGCAAGCUCAUCCCCGUCAUCCAGCUCACCUCUGUCGGGGUGUCGGUGUUCACGCUCACGGCUCUCAGCGCGGACAGGUACAAGGCCAUCGUGAACCCGAUGGACAUUCAGACGUCCAGCGCCGUCUUCUGGACGUGUCUGAAGGCCGUUUCCAUCUGGCUGCUCUCUGUCCUGCUGGCCGUCCCUGAAGCCAUUUUCUCCCAAGUUGUUUCCAUGCAGAGUCACAGGGACAACAUGAACGUCACCUUCGUGAACUGCGUGCCCUACCCGCUGUCCAACCAGAUGCAUCCCAAGAUCCACUCCGUGAUGAUCUUCCUGGUUUACUUCCUGAUCCCUCUGACCAUCAUCUCCGUGUAUUACUACCACAUAGCCCGCACGCUGAUCAAGAGCGCCCACGACAUGCCGGGGGAAGUCAGCGAACACACCAAGAGACAGAUGGAGACGAGGAAGCGCCUGGCCAAGAUCGUGCUGGUUUUCGUGGGCCUGUUUGCCUUGUGUUGGUUCCCCAACCACGUUCUCUACAUGUACCGCUCCUUCCACUACCACCAGAUGGAUCUGUCGCUGGGCCACCUCGUCAUCACCCUGGUGGCCAGAGUCCUCAGCUUCUCCUCCUCCUGCGUCAACCCAUUCGCCCUCUACCUGCUCAGUGAGAGCUUUCGCCGGCACUUCAACAGUCAGCUGCGAUGCGGUCGAGGGAACCGUCCUGAGCGCCAGCCCAGCUACAUGCACAGCACCUCUCACAUCCGCCUCACGUCCAUCAAGAAGACGACGCCCACCGCCGUCAUCGUGGCUCCGGCAGCAAACGGCAACCCCAGCAGGCAGGAAGUGGCUCUGUGAAGAGCAGCGAUUCCAGGAUGCUCUACAGAAAGACAGCACUCCUGUUUGAGACGCAGUCCGGAGCAAAAACCCGGCGGAUGGGUGCGGAAAAAGACAAACUCCUCAAAUGUUGCACCAGUGGGAUGAUUCACACUAACACUAUAGAUCUUGACCAUCACAAAAAACCAAAACAAGAAGUGCCUCUUUGAAGCAAAGAGCAGAAAACCGUGAGAAUGUGCUACAAUUUUCCACAUUACAGAACAUCCGUGAACAACUGGAGGCAGUAGACCGGCUUUAGAAACAGCGAUUUCAUUGACACAUCAAGUCUGAGGGUUUGAUUCUCUGCUGCUGGAGCUCUGAUUUGGAGAAGGUUUGCCUGCUGGUGUUUGAAAUAGAAGAGGCAGCAUCCAUGGACGUCCGCGGACUUUUGGUAGAACGGUAGGAGGUCCAACUCGUGACCUCCUGAAAGUACCUCUGAAGACCUACCUUUACGAUAAACAAAAGCCGGUGUGGUUUUGCAACUGAACAGGAAACUUUGUAAACCAAAAACCACGUUUCUUUGAAAAAAUAAACUACGUGUCUCUAUUAUAGAUGGGCUUUGUGCACAUAAACACCGCUUGAGAACCUGCUGGCAGACGGGCUUUAGACUCAGCGCUGACGGUCUGGUUAUAGACGUACCAUCGGCCUUUAAAAAUGUGUUUGUCCGCCUUUCCCUUCCUUCAAAAACUGGUGCAAAGAUCUGCUGCUGUUUUCAGGUCCAUCAAGGGUUCACCUUGCCAGAUUGUCUUAAAGAAUGUCCAAAUAGGACUCUUAAUUGCUCUCUUUGUAAAGUGUUUUUAAAAAUUCUAAUAAAUUAGCAUCUUAUUGCAGGAACAUCCCUUUACAUUAGAGGAAAAACAAAAAUCAGACUUAGAAUUUGAGUUUCAGUCACACUAAGAACUUGUUGCAUCGCCAACAAUUCCAAUAAAUUAAAAGUGAUUUUAGCUAUGUUUAAUGUUUUAGAGUUGAUCAAGUCUUAUUACCAAUCUACAGAUUUCUGUUUCCCCGGGUUAGAAACAUGAUGUGACAGAGAGGCCUAAUUCAGCAAAAUGGGAAAGACAGGAGAACGUGCUUCUCCUACGAGGAAGCUGUGCGUUGAUCUCCAUUAAGUCCAGAAACGUCUAAACAAAAACAGAUAAACUUGUCUGGAUCUACAGGAAGAGCAGCAAAUUUUGAACAAGGAGGGGCAAAGAGAAAAGCUUAUGGCCACACACAGCGAGGAGACGGUACAGCAGGUAGAAAACUGCAGCAAGUCUGACAGUCACCAAGUGUCCCUGCCAACCAGGUGGUGGUUUGGGAGGCAUCAUAGGGAAAAGUUUUUUUUCCACCAUCACAAGCAGAAACGUGAAGCCUACAUGAGCUUUAACUGGACACUCUGGGUUAGUUUAAAGGAAAAUAAAGUGUUAAUUAAGCCCUUCCUGAGUGAAGUGAAAGAUCUGUUAUGCUGCGGGUCUGUUUCUUCAGGAAUCAUGCAAGAGUGCAUGGUAAUAUUUGUGCUUAACACAUCGCUAACUCAGCAAAGGAAAGUUCACCAGACAGUAAAUCAGCCUUCUGCCACAGUCAUCUCAUGGCCAGAUCGAAAUACUUAGACAAACUUUGGGCUGAGCUUAAGACGAGAGAGCAUCAGCGAGAACCCAGGAUAACAGAGGGAAGGUCAGAUAUUGUUCUCUUUGUAGCUUACAGCCAUGGGAAACAUUAUAGGAGGAGACUAAGUACUGUGGAACUGGCAAAAAAAGGGGGUUGUGCAAAGUAAUUAACAGCAGGGGAGGCAAUAAUUGUCCCCACGUUGAUUUUGUUUUAAAGCUAUUUCUUCUUGUGAGAUUUUUCACAAUUAAAGGCUGUAUUGUUUGUUAGAAUUUCUCAGUGAGAUUUAGUUGCUGCAGUAAAGGAGGUGUGUAUUUUCAGGCUUCUUACACGCCUCAGCUGGCCGUCAAUAAUCGCUUUUUUAUGGUGCCAAAAUGAUCGAGCGUUCUGACGACGUCUUCAGGAUCUACAAAAGGACGGAACUAUUUUAGGAACAAGAAGAUCAGUCUGUGAGAGAUUCCUCCGAGGUCCGUAGACAAGAUGCUUAAUUGCUGCAGAGACAGAGUCAGUUUCCCUAAAACCAGAAAACAUCUUUAACGAAUGAACCUGUAACGGUGGGCUUCUCUGCAGAAAACUCUUCUGUGUGUAACUUUUAACCUGCUGUGGCGCCUCACUGCAAGCCUCCCAAGGUUCACAAAACGAUUAUUUGGAAUUAAUUAACUGCAAGUGAUUUGAACACAAUCCCCCCGUCUCCCUCUGCGGCCUAAAAUUAGCGUCUAACUGAAUUACAGGAAGGACUUUUCAUUAAAGAGCUGUGAGGUAAACAAUUAUAAAAAUGAGCACUCAAUCAAACGGUGUUUAAUUAAAUGGGAUGAUAUGCUAGUCAAGUUUCACAUUUUCAGCUAAUCCUGCUGCUAAUAUUUAUUUUCAUCUGGCUUACUGCGGGUUUGCUUGGUAUUUGCUCAGCACCACGUCCUCGCCGUGGCGUUUUUUUUAAAGAUGGCGACGCUGCAGAGUUUAUGGAGAGAUUCCUGACGGGUGCACGGACCAGCAGAGCCCAGUGAUUACUGUCAUUGCUUUGUGUCGGUGCUGAACUCAGAGGUGAUGACGUUUCUAUAAAAACAUCGACUCUUUGCUCUUCCUACACCCUGUUCUGAUGUUUUUCCCUCUUUCAAAAGCUUGAUGUGUUUGUGUGUGUUUUUUUUUCCAUGUACCACGCAUGCCUCUGCUUUUUCUGCUGCGUUCUGUAAUAAACGUUUCUGUGCAGGCAAGUGUU